CUGUUCAGCAAGACUAACGAUCACUUUGUCCGCAGUUUGUUCGAGGGCAAUGAAUCGAACGUACGUCUUGUAGAAUAACUAGUGUGGAUAGUUAAGUGGUUGGCUAGUUCAAUGCAGCUAACAGGUAAGUAAUAAAAUAGUCUCCUGGGUUUGGCAUGGCCGAGGGAAGCGGUAAUGUUAACGUCAAUCCGGCCAACCUCCCACCGGGAGACCCGCAGCUCAUCGGGAUGAUUGUGGAGCAUCUGAAAAACCGGGGUCUUUUUGAUGAGUUCCGUCGGGACUGUUUAGCCGACGUCGAUACAAAGCCGGCCUAUCAGAACCUGCGACAGAAAGUGGACAACUUCGUCACAUCGCACCUGAGCACGCAGAACUGGAACCCGUCCAUCAACAAGAACCAGAUGAGGAACGGACUGAGGCAAAGUGUUGUUCAAUCGGGCAUGCUGGAGUCUGGUGUGGACAGGAUCAUAACUCAGGUCGUGGACCCCAAGAUGAACCACACUUUCCGACCGCACAUAGAAACAGCCAUCCACGACUUUCUGUCAGGGGACAGGAAGGAGGAAAGCACCUCGAGUUUGAACUCUGCUCCAUCUGAACAGACAGAACCACAAGAGGCUCCGUCUGCCUCUGGCCCCAAAACCCCCUGAGUCUCUCUCUCUCUCGAUACAGGCACACAUGCUGGUCUCUAGUGGUCUGCACAUUCUGUGUGGCUGCAUUAACCUUUGGAAAGGUGCAGCAUCGGACGGGUGGACGAUGAAGAGGAGGAAAGAGGAGGCUGUUUUGUGCCUCCAAUUCAAUGGAUUAGUCAGGAGUGUGUCAUUGCUCCUGCGUGAGGCUGCUUCGGGAGAAGGGCUACAACGCUGAGUGGUGCACUGUCGUCGUUUGAGUGUGGAUUGUUAAUUUUUUUUCGGUACUGGCUUUUUUUGUUUGUUUGGGUUUUU